AGACUAUUACUCAUCACUCACCUCUCUCCAAUGUUCGCAAUUCUUCAAAGUGCUCACUUUAACAUUACAUCAGUUACGUUUCGGAGUUUUCCAUGCUUUGUCAUGGGCGGUUCAUAAAAAAUUCUUCCAGUGUGUAAGAAGAGUAAUUAUGUUAGUAUGCGACGAAUGAGCUUUUGGUGCUCAAAAUGUUAAAAGACGGUGUCGGUUGGGGUUUAGCGGUUUGAAAACAUGAAGACAUACAUCCUGCUUGUGACAUUGCAAAUAAUCAUCUUCUGCCAUUGGAGUUUUGCCUCGAGCACCGGAUUAGAACAGAGAAAAUCCUCAGCAAUUGUCGACUUAAUAAGCAGAAGAUUAAAGAACUUGUGGGCAUGGAUCUGGAAUAAAGAAAACCUCCAAAACAACUUAAUGGGCCGUUGUUUUGGAGUGGCUCGCAGAUUGAAAUUCGCGAUGCCGAUGAUAGUAUUUAAAUUAGGUGUAAUUGUUACCAUUUUGGCAUUCCUGACUAUUUUCUCUUUGAAAAGUUUGGGACUUUUGUUGCUUUUGGUGAUGCUUCACUCUAGUGGAAUUGCUGCCAAAUGGACUCAUAUGAAAUACGCUUCGUCAAAACAAUAUGCCCAACCGCAAAAUGUACAUUUUCAUUUACAUUCGAAGGAUCAUGCAAAAGAUGGGCAUUAUGUCAGUCAUUCGGAAUAUGGACACCCGUGGUACGAAAAGAAUGACGUUGGUGAUAUGGAGUAUGAGAGUCUGGAAGACAGACUCAAAAAACUUAAUAUUUAUGAUAGUCAUUAUCGAAUGUGAAUAGAAUGUGAUUAGGAAAAUGUUAAAUUAUUUAUAUUGUGUAGAUUUGUGGAUAUUUUUAUUUAAAUAAAUAUUUCAA